GACUUUCCUAACUUCCUAUCAUGCUUUUGCGCAGCGAUACAGAUUGGCUUGAUAUCCAUUGGCUAGGGCAGACCAACCACUUCGAAAAUCCCUCAAGUUCGUGGAAGAUUAUCAAGAAGUUACAGGAGCAUGAAUCACGCUUUUCACGGGAUGAAUACGUGUCGCUUGCCACAUCAGGCCAGCAUGUAUGAGAUCAUGGGGAAGGUACAAAGAGCA